AUGCGCGGCGGACAGCUGCACCCGAAACCAAGAGCAGCAAGUCGUAAUCAUGGUUACCUUAACGGUGGGGGCUUUGACGGGAUCGGACACGGGCGUGGGUUAGAUGGCUGGAGUGCUCACGUCCGCUACUUCCUGGCUCGCUAUCCGCCAGAGACCCGCGACCUCGUUGCUCAGCGCCUGGCGUCGUAUGGCAUCCGGAGCUUGCUGUCUUCCCAUCGACAGGAGAACCUUUCGCUGGACGCUCUGCUUGCCGCCACGGAUGCCGCCGAUAGGGAGGUGCUGUCCUCGAUGAGAGAGCACGCGAGGGGCCGGCACAAGCAGCGGGGGGCGGCGGCACCCCUAUGUCGGAGCAGAACGUCAAGCCCUCAAAGGCAGCAGCGGCAGCAUCCUCGCGCUAACGGUGGCAAUGCGGCGGCGCCGACAGAGGUGCUGCGCGAGCGUGUGUUGGCGGACAAGAACAUCGACGCCGGUCCACCAGGUGCAGCGGGGGCAGUUACAGUCUUCAGGAAGCGGCACGUGGUCGCCGCACGCCCAGACGUGCUCACGCGCUACCCUUUCGUGGACGACCUGGCGGCGACGCAGGGGGGAGGGGUCGGGGCGGUGAUGCACCAGGCGACGCCCACGACUCCCAUCCAGUACCUCGCCAAGCGGGAGAUCAGGCGGCUGGCUCACGAGGCUUUCCGAGAGCUCAAGGCCUCGGCACUGGGCAUCCGCUUGUCGGACCUCCCGUGCGCCCUUCAGUUCCUCUUCUUCGGCGACUCGGCAUCGCUGUUAACGUCCAAGGGCGGUGGUGGCGGCGGCGGCGGCGAUGGUGGUGGCGGUGCGAGGGGCGCAAAGAGGAGCGCGAAGGACGUCCACCUUGUCAUGGCUCUGGCGCGGGAGUGCCUCCCUCCCACGCUCGCACACGCGGCUAGAGACACGAGCACGCUGAGCACCGCGAGCACGCAGGGGGGCGCGGAGGCGGGGGGGUGGAUGCGUGACGGACAGAAUAUGUUCGUGAGCGAGCGGCGCUGGAUCAAGGUGGUCGCGCACGUCAUCCGCCGUCUCUGGGACAUGGACGGCAGGCCCGAGGACGUAGCAGCAGCCGGCGGCGCCGCAGGUGCCGCCGCCCAGCGACGGCGACGUACCAUCUCCACCGCCGCCGCCGGUCCGUCGAGGAAACCGGCCACCGUGGCCGCUACCGCCGCGCCGUUUGGGAUGGAGUUCCAGCAGCCGGUGUGGAAGCCGGUCGGCGGUAGGCGCGGGAGCGUUGCCGCCGCAGCCGCCACAGCUGGCGGCAGCGGCGGCGGCGGCGGGCGGUUUCUCAGAGGAGGCGAAGCGGAAAACGUCACCAGUGCGGAAUCUUUCUUGGGGGGGCUUGAGGCAGACUCUCGAUCGGACACUACGGGCUGGGGCGGGUUUUCGGCGGCGUCGAGGAUAUCGGCGAGUGACGGCGACGGCGGCCCUUAUCCCGGCGAGGGCGGCGGCGGCGGCGGCGACGACGACGACGAGGCGUUGCGCGCGUGGGAGGAGGCGGAGGAUUGGGUCGGGGCCGGGAGGUCCAUCGCUCGGGCUCCGGGAGAGGAGCAAGAGGAGCACGCGCGAGGGGAGGCCGGGGGCCUGUUUGCAGCUCCGAGAGGCUUAGGCGCGGUGCACGGCAGCCGUCGCCGCCGGAAGCAGAGCGGCGGCGCCGGCGACGCUGGGAGGAUCGCCGGUGCGCGCCGUUCUGCCGUGAGAGAUACCGUCGCUCGCCGUCGCCUCGACCGCCUCGAUCGUGGCAGCAGUCUUGGUGACGCCACCCAGGGUUUCCCCGCUGACGGUCGAAGCGGCGUUUCUGGGGACGGGGACAGGGACAGGGGAGGUUCUUCCUUGGCCGCCGAGUGGGACUCCAACGCCAGGGGCCACACGCCCGGGGAGCACGCCCUGGACAUCGCUGGGGCAUUCCUGGAGUCUUCUCUGAUGACGCGCUUGGCGGGCGGGGAUUGGUUCGACGGCGAAGACGGCGACCAAAUCUCGGCCGGGUCGUCUGCGGCCUGGGAACCCGAGGGGGCCGUGAGGGGGCCGCUGGGCGGCGGCCCGCGACAAACCCACCGCCCCGGCGGUGCACUCCGAGGGAGGUACGACAGCGGCGGUGGGGGCGGCAGCAGGAGCCGGAACGGUCUGUCGAGGAGGGACGGCGGUCAGCGUGCCGGUAGGAGGGAAGCCCACACCGGCUGGCUAGGAGACUUUGGGCCCGUGCACACGCACACCGUCCGAGAGGUGGCCGGAGAUGUUGAGGAAGAGGAGGAGGAAGGGAGGGGUGAGGAAGAGGAGGAGAGCGGUGAUGGGCGGGCGUGGGGGACGGCGAGCCGGAGGGAUGGCGGCGUAUCACCACCAAGAGACCACGGCGGUAGCGACGGCGGCACGACCAGCAGGCAGGGUUCAGGGGGCCACGCGGAGGAGAAGGGUAGAGGAGGUGUUGGUGAAGGCGGGAGUGGCGACGUCAGUGCGAGCGAGGAUGUGCGGGAGGGCAGGGGCGUGGACGAAUCAACCGGGGCCGCCCGCGGGAGUGACGGCGGUGGGGCUACAAGAGAAGGCUCUGACCCAGGCGGCGGGGGCAGCACCAGCCCCAACGACAACGACGACGGAGACGUAGGUCUGGGCCAAGGAGAAACGGGCGAUUUCAACGUGGUGGCUCCGUUAGACGGGGGGCUGGAUGCCUACUUGCAGCUGGCCUCCGACGGCGGAGCGGUGGUCGGAGGGGGCGCGGCAGGCGGGGGUGGCGGCGACGAGGAGGGGGGAAGGGAAGGGCCGGGCCUUGGUGGCGGGAGUCCCGGGGGUUACACCGGCGCUACGAGUGGGAGCUGGUGGGAGGAGGAUAGGUCAGCCUUGGAGGGUGGAGAUGUGAUUCCCGGCCCCACCUGA